AUGGAUUUAUCUAAAAUGUGGUAUUUACAGUUUCAGGUUGUAAUGGUUCUGUUCCAUUCUCUUAGGCUUUCUAACUCGGUAUUGGCAGGGCAACGGCGUUUCCUGCAGUUAAGCGUUUUACGUGCUACAGGUGUGCCGAUAAGCAGAUUGGAGCCAGAUCAUUAUCUACCCUAUGAAAAACUCGAAAAGAAUCUUUUAGCCGUCAGGCACAAGCUAAAUAGGCCUCUGACGCUCUCAGAAAAAAUCUUGUACAGUCAUUUGGAUGAUCCUGCAAGACAGGAUAUUAGGCGUGGCACUUCAUAUUUGCGGCUUAGGCCCGAUCGCGUUGCAAUGCAGGAUGCUACUGCUCAGGUCGCUGUUUACGGAUACAUUUCGAUGGCUAUGCUACAGUUCAUUUCGUCAGGUUUGCCGCAAGUCGCUGUCCCAUCCACAAUCCACUGUGACCACUUGAUUGAAGCUUUAGCAGGGGGAAAUGAAGAUCUACCAAGAGCUAAAGAGUUAAAUAAGGAGGUCUAUGAUUUCUUGUCUUCAGCAAGCAACAAGUAUGGUGUAGGUUUUUGGAAACCAGGUAGCGGUAUUAUACAUCAGAUUGUUUUAGAAAAUUAUGCCUUUCCAGGAUUGUUGUUGAUUGGUACUGAUAGUCACACUCCCAAUGGAGGUGGAUUAGGGGGUCUUUGUAUCGGAGUUGGUGGGGCUGAUGCAGUCGACGUAAUGGCAGACAUACCAUGGGAACUCAAAUGUCCUAAGGUUAUUGGUGUGAAGCUUAUAGGCAAGUUGUCGGGCUGGACCGCUCCAAAAGAUAUAAUUUUGAAAGUUGCAGAUAUUCUGACGGUGAAGGGUGGAACCGGAGCUAUUGUUGAAUAUUUUGGUCCUGGAGUUGAUUCGAUUUCUGCUACCGGUAUGGCAACUAUCUGUAAUAUGGGGGCUGAAGUUGGAGCAACGACUUCCGUAUUUCCAUUUAACCAGAGAAUGUUUGAUUAUUUGAAAGCUACUGGUCGUGAGGCAAUUGCUGAAGAAGCUUCGAAGCAUAAAAAUCUUUUUUCUGCAGACACAGGCGCAGAAUACGAUCGAAUAAUCGAACUAGAUUUGGACAAGCUGAUUCCUCAUGCAAAUGGCCCUUUUACACCUGAUUUGGCGUCUUCUAUUGAAAAUCUUGGCUCUAACGCAAAAGCGAGUAGUUGGCCGCUAGAUAUCAAAGUUGGGUUAAUUGGGUCAUGUACUAAUAGUUCAUACGAGGACUUGACACGUGCUGCCAGCAUUGCUAAACAGGCGCUGGAACACGGAAUCAAAGCGAAGUCGCAGUUCUUUGUCACUCCAGGCAGUGAACAAGUUCGUGCAACUAUUGAGAGAGAUGGUUUAGCUCAAACCUUCCGUGAUUUUGGUGGGAUCAUCCUUGCCAAUGCUUGUGGUCCCUGCAUUGGACAGUGGGAUAGAAGGGACAUCAAGAAAGGGGAAAAAAAUACUAUUGUGACAUCCUAUAAUCGCAACUUUACUGGUCGCAAUGAUGCAAAUCCUGCAACUCAUGCAUUUGUUGCGUCUCCUGAAUUGGUUACAGCUUUGUCAAUCAAGGGUCGAUUAGAUUUUGAUCCUAGGAAAGAUGAGUUGGUCGGAGCUGAUGGGAAAAAAUUCAAACUGAAUCCUCCACAUGGUGAAUCUUUACCAAAGAGUGGGUACGACCAUGGAGUAGACACUUACCAGCCUCCUACAAAUUCUGGACAGGUUGUGGUUGAUCCAAAAAGUGAACGUUUACAACUGUUAGAACCGUUUGCCAGAUGGGAUGGCGAGGACUUGGAAGAUCUUACCAUUCUCAUCAAAGUUAAAGGCAAGUGUACUACGGACCAUAUCAGUGCUGCUGGUAAAUGGCUGAAGUAUCGUGGACACUUGGACAACAUUUCGAACAACCUGUUUCUUACUGCAAUUAAUUCUGAAAAUGGUGAGAUGAAUAAGGUGCGAAAUCAAGUCAAAUCAUCUUUUGGCCCUGUUGCUGAGACUGCUAGGUUUUAUAAAAGUAAAGGGAUAUCUUGGGUCGCUAUUGGUGAUGAGAAUUAUGGGGAGGGCUCGUCUCGUGAACAUGCUGCUUUAGAGCCACGUCAUCUUGGCGGUCGGGCAAUUAUAGUGAAGAGUUUUGCCAGGAUUCACGAAACUAACUUGAAAAAACAGGGUAUGCUUCCACUGACCUUCGCUGUGGCAUCUGAUUAUGAUAAGGUGGAACCCACAGAUAAAAUAUCUAUCCUUGGCCUUAAAAGCUUCCAGCCUGGAAAGCCUUUAAAAUGUGUAUUAAAACAUGCAAAUGGUAAAAAGGAAGAGAUAUGGUUAAAUCACUCUUUUAAUCAACCACAGAUCGAGUGGUUUAAGGCUGGUUCAGCAUUGAAUGCUAUGAAGGAUGCUUUUGCAAGGAAGAAUUAA